UGUGUGGAACAAUUCAAUUCCACCCCUUUGCUUCAUCUGCAGUUCCAUGUCAGACGCCAUUUUGUCAGACUGCCCCUCUGCUGCCAUCUGUCACAUUGCAACAAAGGAACAGAAUACUGGUGGGAAGACUCAACCAUCACUGCCGUAUCACCAGUAUGCUUUUCUUGGAGAGAUAGGCAAUACACAGCAUGGAAAUGUUCUGACAGUGCAGUAUUCAACCAGUAAUGGCCUUGCUAUUUUGUAUCAAGCUCGGGUUUCUCUGCUCCAUUUUCCUGAGAGAGGCGGAGAGCUGGGUAGGCUUUAGAAGCGAAGUUACGCUCUCUCCUUUGACAGCGAUCAGAGGAGAGGGCAAAUCCAGAACAGCGACCAGGAGCUUACAUUCCUUCUCUUAAGUCUCAUGUUCAUUGCUGUGGAAAAAUAACUUUGAUACCCAGGAAGUCAAGGGCAUCUGGCACCUUUCACAAAAAGUAUUUACAUCCACCAAGCAGAAAAACAAUCUGACAAAUGGAAAAAGCAACUUUAAAUAUACAAAUGUGUGUGUGCUGAAUACACCAACGGCAGCAUCUGAGAGGAUCCACAGUUGUGAUUAGGCUUUACUGGGGCUUGGUUUGGACUAUAUUUGCCAUGGCUUUGCACUGGUGUUCAGGAUCCAUUCUCCAUUUAUAUAUAAGGUUCUACUGUCCAGUUUAAAGCCUUUGCGUGUCCAUAAGCCCUAAGGAAUGUCAACAGCUGUAGAGAGUAACCUUCUCUGUUCCACACGUGCCUACGUAUUUCUCUUUGUUAAGAUUUUGAGGAGUAAUGCCACAAAGCAGCAGUGAUAACCUGUAUGUCCUAUAUAGGCACCUUGCCUGUUCUAUUUUCAGGGAGCUGUCCUUAAUUUUCUAUCAAACCUCAGCUUUGCUAUCUGUAUUCUGCAUGUGAUGAGGACUACUUUUUAAUUACCAAUUGCAGUUUGCUUGUGUUUCAGAGCAGCUCUGUCAAAUCUAUUGCAGUAGCUGAGAGAAAUAGCCUAAUGGGAGGCUAAUGAGGAACUGACACUCAUCCUCUCCUCCUUAUGAUCCUGCUUGCUUUCUGCAUUGUUAAUCAUCGUGACAAACUUUAACAAUUUAGCUGUGAGUUGUUAUGGAUGAUUGCAGAAGAUGAAACUUAAAUGACCUCCUGGGUCGGAGUUAUGUCUGUUGUGUGCAACACCAGGAUAUAAUCCCAGCAGAACUGUGGAUUUGGGAGCUUAAUCAAAGGGCUGGUGUAUAAAAGAUGGAUGACUGAAUCCUCAGAACUUAGGCUUUAAACAGAAAAAAAGACUUAUUUGAAAGAGUAGGUGUAGGCAUUCAUACUGAUGGCUUGGAUCCAAGUGGAUAGAGGUAGCUAAAAUCCUGAAGAAGUAUGGCUCCGGUUCCUCUCUGUGCUUUUCUUUCACUUCCUUGUAAAUGAGUGUCCAAUAUUCAUCAUAAAUCUUUGUUUGUUUUGUUUGCAGGAGUUGCAUAAAGUGCUGCUUUUAAAGAUCUUGUUCAAACUUGUAUGCAUAUAGAUAUAUAUUCAUACAUAGUCUCAUUUGUUUCUGUGCUUGUGUGUUUUUUUGUGCAUUGUGUGAUUUUUUUCCAACACUUUAUACAUGAAAGUCUUCAGAUUCCAAUAUCUGCAUAUAAAGAGGAUGUGGAUCUGCUAAAAGCCAAACCUCCCUUCAUCAGGUUGUUUGGUCUAAAUGCUGGAGAAUGUUGUUGUAGUUACUGACUAUGGUACAUAGUGGGCAAUUAUGCCACAAGCAAACAUUGCAGCUUCACGGAAAGGAUAGGCAUGAAUAGUCAUUAGUUUCACAGAAAGGAAGGAAAUUACUCUUUUCCUGAUUGUCAGGUGGUUAAUUUCAGUCUUUCCAGAGUGGAUUUGUAUUGGUGAGGUGUUAAUUCAAACAAUGAGCACAAAGGAAUAGUGAAUAAUUAAAAAUGAAACAAACUGAACUCCAAAUAUCUCAAUCCUUAAAAAAUUUAAAUUAGUAGUUCUAUGCUCUGCAAGUCCUUCAUGAAGUCCUACACUUAUCCAAAUGUAGCAUAAAAACUCCAGAACUUCAUUAACUUACCCUGUUGAAAAGGCAAAACUGACACAACGAAAUAGAAACAACUUCCAUGUUGGAAAAGAACGCAAACAACGGGUGAUUUUUUUUCACUUACUUUCUUCCCAGCAUACAGCAUUCAAAAAUUAUCUGAAAAGAUCACACUGGUGAAACGAUAUCGAUGGCUAAUGUGUUGUAUAUGCAAAAGUGUUGGACUCACCAUUCCAAUUUUUACUCUGAGCACAGAAGGAAUUUAAACAUAGGAGGCUGUAGGAACCAAACUUACAUUCCUCAGGGAUGUAAGAUUCCCUCUGUGGUAGAUCAAAACUGUAGAAGAAUGAAGUGAUAUAUUUAGCUCCAAACAGAAAACAAACAAAACAAAAUCUUUUCAAAUUAAGUGGAAGUUUGUCUGCAAAAUCCUAUUCUCUAUUUUUUUGCUCACAGAUACAUUGCGUGUGCAGGUCAUACAGUGCAAAUUUGGUAAUUGUUCAUCAGUGCAAAAGUCCUUUUCAAUUUAAAAGGAGAAAAAGUAGGUAAAACAUACUGGCAGAAAAAAAUGUCUUUGAAAUGCUGUGACUUGCUAUUCCUAGUGAGGAAAAAAAGCCCUCCUUUUCCAUGAAAAAUUGUCUCCACAAAAUUUCUUCUGGAUCCUUUGCAGCUGUGAUUUCAUGUUUUCCACUAUGACAAGCAGGGUGAAGAAAAUUGCUGUGUGAAUUUUAAUCCUCCCAUGCUUCAGAAGGAUGAAACAGUUGAACUGUCUACUCAGUACAUGUUAGAGCAGUCCCCAUCAGCUUCAGUUUAUGGUGAAGGAAACAGCCUCUUAUAGACAACUGUUCACCAUCUCAUACUAAUAGAAACCAUUGCCCUCAUCAGAAUACUCCCUGCACCAAGAAGGUGAAGAGCAAUUGACAUGUAUGUAAUUCUACUUUGCUUGCUGAGGUUUGUCUUUCAGCACAGAUUGUAUGUGAACGCUUCUACCCAGCAAUUUUCUCUCGUCUUACUCAAAUAGUGCUUUGGAGUCCUAUGAAUUAAUUGCCUCAUAAUAACUGGAUCUGAAAAAGUACCUACAGAGAUUGACUCAUACUAUUACAAGCAAAAUACUCUGCAGAUCUGCAGUUAAAUGGUGCCUAUAUGCACCCUAUCCCAAUAUUUAUAAAAGAACUGCUAUGAAAAGAGCUCUUUAUCAGCUAAGAUUCACCUAUCAGUUACCUAGAAGAAAUAAGAAAUUUAAACAUCAAGAAAUACACAAAUGAGGUGCCAAAUCAUGAGGUCUUCUGAAAUCUUCCUGCUCUCUUCGGGUAACCCAGCUAUCUGUCAGACAUUUGCAGGUAUUAUGUCCCACCACCAUCAUUUUCUCCAGGUCCAGACUCUGUCCUGCUGUAACAGAAUCUCCAUCCUUCUUUCACCCGUAGCUUUUUCCUCUUCAUACAAGCUAUCAGCAUUUUAUGUUAUAUUCGCAGAACAAGAAGAGCUGAUGUGGAAGAAAGACAAAGCUGAUUGUUUUGCUGGAAGGAAUUUCUGGCUCCUGAUAGAUUCUGUAACUUGUGAGCCAUAACAGUAGUGCUUAAAAUUGAUAAUCUUAUCGACUGAAAUUUCAGUCUUGCUUCUUCUCACUACGUAAUUCCCUCUUUUCAUUUUUUUGUUUGUUUUUACUGGAAUUAGUAGAGAUGAUACAUGGAAGAUUUGCAAUUGAUUGAAUUCAGUCAGUUGAACAUUUUAGGUGUCUUGCAUUAGUCACAAAUGAGUACAGCUGUUAAGAUUAUUCCUUCCUCUAGAACAUUUAGUUUUUGAUAAAGGCAGACUGACAGACCAAGAGCUGAUUUAAAAUGGUAUGAUGAACGCAGUACCAUCAAAGUCAGGUGAAGCUAUGGUAUGAAGAUACCAGGAGAAUAAUAUUCCCAUUUUACUGGCUGAGAGGCUAAGGUAUAUAGAGAGCAUGAGUGCUGACCACAAACACUAAGCAGCCUCUUGACAGAGCUGGAAUGCAAGCCAAGUCUCCCAAAGCCCAGUUCAAGUGUCUGACCAUAGAAUUACACUGACUGGUGGGCAAGAGGGCUAGUAACUCACACUUUGAGAAGUUCACUUUUCUCUUGCAUACAAAAAGAGAUUAAUAAUCAUAAACACAAACUGAAGGUAUCUCACCAUACAGUUAACAAAUGAUGCUUUCAGUGUAGCUUUUUAAGCAUCUUUCUGCUCAUUCAACAUUAUUUUCUAUAAACCAGAGUGGUCAGAAACAAAGUAGUACUGUUGAAAUCCUCCUCUACAUAACAAAAACCAGCCUGCAACUGUAAAGUCCAUUUCCAUUCAUCAGCCACCACAUCUGUUGCUUGCUUGGACACCGGCCAGAAUGAUUCAUUCACAUGUCUAACAUUUAUUUUGGUGAAAUACUGGGAUUAUACAGAAGGGCAAUAUUUCAAAACUGGGUUUAGCAAACCAAGGGAAGUUGGAAACAACUUCCUCACAGCUGAAAACAAACACAGUGUUAUAUCAUUCUGCAGCUUUAUUAAGAGGAAGGCAGUAGCCAAGUGAAGCAGCUGGAAUCACACUGAAGUCACUCUGAACUCUACAGAUCACUUCGUUCUUCUUUCUGCUACAGAGAGCACAUCCCUGACUUACAGUGUGCUUUCUUCCAAAGAACUUAAGAAGAAAGCAGCUGUGCAACAUGUCAUUUGAAGAUUUUGAGAACUACUCUUAUUUCUAUGACCUGCCCGAGGAAGAAGAAUCACCCCAGUCCACCCUCAGCAUUGCCCAUAUGAUUUCCCUUUCAUUUUACAGUGUGGCAUUUCUUCUGGGAGUGCCGGGUAACGCCAUCGUCAUCUGGUUUAUGGGCUUCAAGUGGGAUAAAUCUGUCUCUACGCUCUGGUUCCUCAAUUUGGCCAUCGCAGAUUUCAUUUUUGUUCUCUUUCUGCCCCUUUAUAUCACAUACGUGGCAAUGGGCUUCCACUGGCCUUUUGGGAAGUGGCUCUGUAAAAUGAACUCAUUCAUUGCACUACUGAAUAUGUUUGCCAGUGUUUUCUUCCUGACAUUCAUCAGCCUUGACCGCUACAUCCGCCUUGUGCACCCAGUUUUUUCCUACAAGUACCGGACUAUAAAGAACACCCUCAUUCUUAGUAUGAUCAUUUGGAUGUCAGCUGCCAUUAUUGGUGGCCCUGCCUUAUACUUUAGAGACACAGCUACUGCUCUCAACAAUGUCACCAUUUGCUACAACAACUUCCACGUGCAUGACAGAGAACUCGUUUUGCUGAGACAUCACAUUCUGAUUUGGGUGAGGCUUGUAUUUGGUUACCUCUUUCCUCUACUGACCAUGGUUAUCUGUUACUCAUUGCUGAUCGUUAAAGUAAAGAGGAGAACAGUGUUGACUUCUAGCAGGCUCUUCUGGACCAUCAUUGCUGUAGUUGUAGCUUUUUUUCUUUGCUGGACACCAUAUCACAUAUUCAGUAUUGUGGAGCUCUCUGCUCACCAUGAUGAAAAUUUGCACGACUUAUUGCAGGAUGGCAUUCCCCUCUCCACAGGCCUUGCUUUCAUCAACAGUUGUCUCAAUCCAAUCCUCUAUGUUCUCAUUAGCAAGAAGUUUCAGGCUCAGGUCAAGACAACAGUCUCUGAGGUGCUAAAAUUGGCACUGUGGGAAGUGAGCCGCUCAGGAACCGUCAGUGAGCAGCUGUGGAACUCAGACAACACUCACACGCCUGUGCACCACUGCGAAACUGCUCAGUGACUGUUCACCACCAUCCAUCUAUAAAAUAACUGACAGAUUUGGAGGUGUUGUUGGCUUCACAUCCUCCAGUGAGAUGUGCAUCUUUGCAUAUACAGUUUUGUAUUAAUGGCUGGCUUUACUGUGCUUGCUGCUUUCCUUUAAAUGUUUUUAAAGGAUACAUCAUUUGGGUGUGGUGUGGUUGCAGCGUGGACGGCCUGAAUAGAAAGUCGUCUGGGUUUUCUAUCAGGAAUAUUGUUGUAAUCCUGUUGUUGACAAUACUUCACUGAUCACACAAGAGCACAUAACAUUCCUCUGAUCGCCACUGAUAACACUUUUGAUCUAGGCAUCCUCAUGUGAGAGAUCAUGUCAGACAUCAGUGGUUUGUGAGUGUCACAAGUAUUCCACUAUUGUUUAAAGUAGGAGUCACCUAGCUAUAUCCCAGCCAAAAGAAGCUGUCAUUAGCUUCACUCUGCAAUCAGAAAAGUAACUCAAUACAGAGAACACUGAAUUGCUGCCUUUUCCUUCUAAAGAAGCAUGGAAAUGUUUUCUCCCGUUGUUUUGUCUUAUAUUGAGCUGAGCCAGGGGGCUGUGGUUUCUUGUCAUUUUUUGCUUUUAAUGCCAUCUGGUUGUAAAAUACUAAGCAGGUGUUUCAGAAAGUAUUUUGGCUCAUUUGAAAUAUUCAAAGAAUUAGUGGAAAUGUUUCCCACUGAAUCUGAGACUUAAAGCCCUUGUCACAUGUUCUUUUUCUGUGUUUAAACUUUCAGGUUUCAGAGACUUCACAAUUAUCAGCUGUUUUCUGCUGGUCUUGCAAACAAAGGUUAAGAUGCAGUAAAACAUUUUGUCCUGCUGUCCAAAUAGGAGUAGAGUGAAUUCAACAAUAUUCUUUCACAAGAAGGUAGCCAAAUUCAGACCUCUCUACCAAGCUGCAGUCAAGAUUGUACAGCCAAAAUACAAAGUUCACUCGCAUAAGAAAUAGGCAGUAGACCCAGUUAUCCUAUUUUCUGCUCCAACAUGUUGCCUGCUGUAGAAUCACACCUACACCAAUGCAAAUGUACACGCUAAGAGGAGCAGAUCAAUUUCUGAGGCAGUACCACUUGAUCGAGAAGUUGUACGUGAGAUAAAACUGCGAAGAAUAAAAGCAUAAAGCUUUAGGUAACUCGCUUUUUAUUGUUACUGGCCUGCAUAUCUAGAGUAAAACUGGCUUUCACAUAACCUACAUGUUAACACGUAAGUCGCGUUUAUAUUGUAAAUGAGGCCUUGUAUGUAAAACUAUGCAUCUGCAUUCAUGCAUAAGCACAUCCAGUACUGAUAGCUGCAUAAAUAGCAACUGUCUGAUUGCGGUCUGUAGCUGUUUCUUUGGGCUCUGGUCUCACAGUUUUAGUGAAGCAGAACCUAUGGAAUUUCAGUGUAUUUAACUUUGGGCUGGAAAGUUGGUAAGCAGCAUUCUUUCCUUUGAGUCAUUCACUGCCUGGUACACAGUGACUCACCCAUAAUAUUCUGGCACUAUGCAGCUGAGCGUGCCUAAAUCAACUGUUUGCCGUUUUUCUUCACAUAUUCCUUGACAUCUUUCUAAGAAUGUGUUUUAGUGCUCCUUCCCUGACUGUACUCCAAGUGGAGUAAUAAAAUUCUGUUGGCUCCGAAGAAUGUGUUCAUUUGCUUUUCUCAGCAGCAAAUACACAGUGACUGUUCACAGAACAGCACCUUCCUGACGUUUUUAGAAGAUGAAAGAAAACCCUGACCUUUUAUGUUACAGGAAUUAAAGUUUAUUCAGUUUUUUUCCAUGCACAUUAGGUAUAUGAGAACAAAUAUAUGAGCAAAGAACUUGAUUUUCAAAACAAGAGAAUUUUUACAUUUGCUUUGUCUUGUGUAUGUAAUCAGAAAAUGUUUUACAAUGCUUCGCUUGGACCAGCUCUCUGGAUUAAAAAAAAAAAAAAAAACAACAUAUUGCCAACAUCUAACCACCACCUUCACCAAAAGCUUCCCCCACAUAGUAUAGAAUCUGGCCAAUAUCAGUCCCGGUUUGUGGAGAAAAAUAGACCAACAACUUCGCAAGGUUAUUGCUACCUCCUUCAUACCAAGAUCAGCUACAUAAUUGCCUCCAACUCAUUUCUGCAAGAGUAAUGGAAGAUACUUAAUCAAAACAGUAUUCUCGGUCUGUUUCCAAAGAAUAACAAAAAAGUCCAAUUACUCUCCUACACUGCUUGGACAGAAGAAUGCUCAUUCAAAGCUCUAUGAUGAAAAAAGAAGCAGAGGAAGGGAAUCUGUCUUAUUUUGCUGAGAUACUGCAUAGAAACAAAAAACAACAAAACUUAAUAGCAGCAGGUUCUAUUCUUAACUGCUUCUUAAUGUUUGUUCUUUUGAAGAUUGUGUGGAAGCGUUUCUGACACUUUUGUUAGAACUCUAUUACUUUAAAAAACAGUGGUAACUGGCAGCCCUUUUUAAAAAGAGGCACCAGUUCUCCCAUGUUACUUUAUAUGACUGUAUUUAAGAUCUCAAACUUACAAUUGAUCUUGUCAUUACAGGUUACAUUUGAAACAGGAAUGUCUCAUUCAGUCUGAGAUACUGAUUUUUCAGAGGCACACUGUUGUAAGCUGUACUUGAACAAAAUUAUAAGAUAUUAUCCACCUGCAUUAACUGUAGCAUGUAGCCACUGCACCCCAUUAAUCCUCCAAGCACGUGGCAAUGCCCCGUUCUCUUGAAGGGACACGCUGCCCCCUAGCUAUCUGUGCAUUAAUCGCACCUCAAGGAUCACAAUCCUACUACUCAAGGUUAAAAACCAAUGCUGGCCUGCAGCUUAAGGCACA